CCGCAGCUCCGGCCGUGGGCGGGCCGCCUUGCAGGCGGGCUGCUGACGGCUGAAGAUGUCGAGCAGGUAUCACCGCGCGGCGGCCGACGGCAACCUGGAGCUGCUGAAAGAAGCCACUCGGAAAGACCUCAACGCUUCCGAUGAGGACGGGAUGACACCCACGCUGCUGGCCGCGUACCACGGGCGCCUGGAGGCUCUGGAGGUCAUCUGCCGCAGAGGAGGCGAUCCGGACAAAUGUGACAUCUGGGGGAACACUCCGCUCCACCACGCCGCGUGCAACGGUCACAUCCACUGCGUCUCCUUUCUGGUCAGCUUCGGUGCCAACGUAUUCGCUCUGGACAACGAGCUCCGCACGGCGCUGGACGUGGCUGCCAGCAGAGAUCGCCACGAGUGUGUCAGACUGCUGGACAGGGCCGCCAUGGAACAGAAUGUGGCCAAUCCCAGGAAGGUCUCCAAACAGAAGGCCCAGGCCCAGAGGAAUGUGGAGAAACAGAUCAAGGAGUGUGAGAAGCGGCAGGAGAAGCACCAGCAUGAAAUGAACAGGAGCUAUAUGAAGGAGAAGGAGAAGGUUGGCUCGGUGACCUCCUCCAGAGGGACUCACUCCAGGGUAAAGCUGCCGACUCUCUUCACAUCGAAUACAGCAGCUCCUUUCUCCAAAAACCUGAAGGAUACCUUCAAACUGAAGGCAAAAAGGACGGCCGGCAGCACGAGAAGCCAGGAGCCACAAAGCAACGGCCAGGCAGACGGUGGGGACAGGGGAAGCGUGAUGCACUUAUUCGAUGAGAGGGAGGAGGACGACUUACCCGAUGAUGAUGGCCAGCUCUCCAUUUUCACACGGCCAGGUCUCGGCAAGAUUGUGUUUGGAAGGAAUUUGGCUGCAGAUAUAGAUCCCGGAACUGUGUCUUCCCAGAAAGAAGGUAUCAGCUUUAAAAUGUCCAGCGAGCUCUUCCAGAACGAAAGUGCUGAGAGCAGCAUGGAGGGCAAUGCUGGAAGUGGGGCAGAUGUCCCCUGGCAGGAGGAGGAGCUGCUCUGGGAUGACGAGGAAGCAGAGAGCACACCCCUGGAGGUGUUUCUGGCCUCACAGAUGCUGGAUGAGUUCCUACCCGUCUUCAUGAGGGAAAAAAUGGAUUUAGAUGCCCUGAUGCUGUGUUCUGAUGAAGACCUACAGAGCAUUCAGGUGGAGCUGGGUCCAAGAAAAAAAGUCCUGAGUGCUGUGAGUAAAAGGAAACAGGCAUUCCAGGAUCCUGGAAAGACUGUGGAUACCUGCUUGUAAAACAGCAUCCCCGUUGCUGAGAUCUGCUGAUCUGCACGCUGAGACCUUUUCCUGCUUCAAAACAGCAUGCGACUCUUCUCACACCACUGCUAAUGCAAAGGGCAAAGAGCUCACGGCGAUGCAAGGAGCUCAUGGAAUGCAAAGAGCUCGCGGUAACGCAGAGAUGUGCAGUCAGACCAGGGCUCCUCACUCUGGGUUGGUGGCAGAGGUGUGCGGGCUGCGGUGUGGAUUUGGGCACGCUCUGCCAGAAGUUCAUGACAGUAAGAGCCAAGAGCUGUAAUCCAGGGCUCAUUCUCCUUGCUUACAUGAGCAGGGUCUUUGGGUUUACUGAAUGCGCCGCCCGUCUUAACGAGCCGCUCCGUUCUUCUGCAAAACAGCACCGAGCGUUCCUAGAGCUCCAGGCUUCCAGGUUUAUCUCCGUCCCCGUGUUAGAUUGCUGCAAACUGCUCUUCUCAGCGCUGCUGCUCUGCUAGAAUAAAAUCUGCUCCUUGGCUCCGG